AUGACUUUCCAUGCAAAAGCCCUUGAAAAACACUUCAUGGACGAUUUCCUUGAACGAAAACGAAAGGCCGAAGAAGAGUUGGAAGAUGAAAUGGAACUGAGACGGCAAAAACGACUUCGUGAGCUAGAGGAGGAACUCAAAGAAGAAAAAUUGAUGAAAGAAGCCAAACUUGCCAGCUUGGAAUGCCAGUUGCAAGAAAGAAUGCAGUUGGUUUCUGAUGAGCAAUCGCACCUAGAUGAACUGAGAGACAAAGCAAUUGACAUGCAACGUAGGUUGGAAGUGGAAUCCAAGAAGCUCACCGCCCCAGCGUUGGACAACCCUCCCAGUACUCCCAUGCCUGGUGUCCCAUGUCCCGCCUCUGUGACUACAGCCCCGUCUGCUAGCCCCAGUGAUGGUGUUGCUGGUGGUGCAAUCGUUCCGAUGACGGACAUGCGGUUCACAUCGUCUACGCACCCAGCAGCUUGGCAGUUCCUAUACCGUUUGACCAGAAAGGAAGACCAAUGCGACAAGACCAUCUAUGAUACGUGGCAUGCAGGUGGACCCAAAAGAGACAACCUACUCCGAGACUUUGUUUGCCGAUGCUACAACCCUAGUGAUGACUUUGGGAAGAACAAGGCCAAGUUGCAAGCGUUGGUGACGUUGAGGAACACCGCUCGAUCCUGGCGCCGGAACUUGCAGGGCUAUUCAUGGCAUACUGAGGAGGAGAUGAAAGGUUUGGGAUGGGCAGAGACAAAGAUCGAAGGUGCUGUGAAGUAUUGCACCAAGAGAAAGAUGACAAAGAAAUGCAUCUACGAUGACAAGGCCAUCAAGUACCUGGUCCAGGUGCGAGAUGACGUGGAGGCAGGAGAUGAAAAGAUGAAGCUCCUUGAGCAGGAGAUGAAGGACUGGGGCAUAUAUGACACAGACUUUUCCCUAGGAGAUGUCUUGGAGGAUGAGGAUUCUGACACCAGCACCCCUCAUGGUGAUCAGAAAGGGCCCAAAAAAAAAAUCUGUGAAUUCCCCAUUGUAGAGGGCGAUGAGAGUAUCACCGAAUACAUCGGACAAUACAAAAAGAGCUGCCUAUCGAAGAAAGCCCUUUUGAAGAGCACCCGGGAACGUUUGGAACGUGACAACUCCAAAGGGCAUGAGAUUCUUUGUCUUGCAUGA